AUGGGUGCAUGGCUAUGUGCUAGUUCAAAAAAUGUAGCAAAAUCAGACGGAUUGACCGGAGAUUAUCGAGACAAUUUUAAUAAUGUCAAUUAUAACAAUGCGUCAUCGACAAAUUCAUCUGAAAUACGUGCACAAUCACUUCAUGAUAUAACAACAACAACAGGAAUAACAAAUGCUAUUAAAAAAUUAAAUGAUAAUGGUAAUAGUAAUGGUGAUAACAAUAUUCCAAUAGUAGCAGUUGACAAUAGUAGCAGUCCUUAUGAUGAGCAACAACGAUCAUAUAAAUCAUGGCAACCAAUUAAAGUAACACCAUCAACAACUAUCAAUACAACAUCAUUAGCUGAGUCACAAUUCUUUGUUCGAAGUGCAGUUGUACCAGAACAUAAAAAUCAUCAUCUCAAUCAUAUAGGUACAGAUAAAUUGGAAGAUAUAUCAGUAUUUCACGAUGCAUAUGAUGAUUUAUCCAAAGUGAAAGAGCAAACACCAAACAUUAUUCGAGUAGACGAAAAAAAAUAUUCUUCAUCAUCCUAUACUUCUGAUAUGCCAAUAAUUGGUCAUCAAUCGAAAGUUCAUUCAAAUGCAUUACAAACAAAAAAGGAAGAUCGUCCCCGUUCACAAGAGCAUAGCGGUCCUUCGUUAUUACAAAAUAACAUCGUUCUGCCUUAUUCUUAUACGCCGUCAUACGCACAAAACACGUAUCCAAACGACUUGAUAAUCGUUGAACCCGUAGAAGUAAAAUCGAAUCAAGAUUUUAUUGAUUCUCCACAAACAAACAGAUUUAACGAUUUAUCAAAACAUUACGUACAUGAGCAACCAUCAUAUAACGAAUCAAAAAGCCUUAUUAAAUUAAAAGUAUCGAGUGAAAUCAAAUCACCCGUAUUUAAUGUAUUUGAACGUUUAAAACCAGUGGGAGUAACAGAAUCUGAUUCGCAAUAUGAAAACGAUGAUAAUAAUUAUUCUCUAUCAUCGAUGGCUAAAGUUAAUCAAAGACAGAGUGAAAGACAAUCGACAUCUGAUUUUGAUACAGUCGAUGAGUAUCCUGGUACUGGUAUGCUUCCAUCCCUGAUUAUUGAACGAUCUGCUGUAGUUCUGGAACCUCAGCCUCUGACAGAACUAACAACUCAUUCUAAUCAGAAUAGUGGAAAUAACAGUUUUCUUGAUGUAUCCAUUGAUGAAGAAAGAUUUCGUCGUUCAAGAUCUCCAUCUCGCGAAACACCUGAUGUCUCUUACAAUAAUGAGCUUUCAGUUCCUCUAUCAUUGCCAGUGGAAUCGGUUGCCGAUGAAAUGCAUCUUCAAGAACAAGAUAAUGACUCAUCAGCAUCCAUUUCCACUACCACAACAACAACACUAUCUCGUUCUAACCAGGUACAUUUACCUGUUGAAAAACAACGUGCGGUAUCAGAAGUAUUACGAAAACGAAAUAGUAUGCAAAAAGUGGCUGAUUAUAAACGAUCGUUUCAGAAAACAAACACUUUGGAUGAAAGUGAUACUAAUGAUGACAGUAUUGUAGUAAAACAACAACAACAGCGAACACUCCCAAUAUCGAAGAGUGAUCUUGUACUAUCAUCUAUAACUACAACGAAGGAUACUAAUAAGAAUAACGAUGCUAAUUCGACGAUAAUGAAACAAAAACGUUUAAAUAAAGCAUUGUCGUUCGAUGCUCAAUUCGAAACAUUAGAAAAAAAUGAAGAUGAUGGUCAGCGAAUAAAGUGUUCAAUUGAACGUUUAAAUAAACUAUUAUCAACAUCAAGUGAAGAAUUAAAUAGCAGCAAUAGUGAGCAUCUGCGACAGAUACAAAAUACACAACAACAGGAUGAUUUACAAGAAAAAAUGUCGGUAGCAGCCAAAAAAAAUUUAUUUGAAACAUUUUCAAAAGAUUCAUCUUCUGGUUUGACACGUUCAAAAUCGUUUAAACAACAAGAUGAUACAGCAAAAAAUGAACUAUCAGUUCAGAAUACAACAGCAACAACAAAAAAAUAUAAUACGUCGAAACGAGCAAAAACGCAUGCCAUCGUUUUAUACGAAGAAAAUAAUGAAUAUUUGGUUGCUUCAUCUUCAUCUGAACAAAAGUCAAGUUGUGAAAAUCAAAAUGUUGAGGAAGAACAACACGAUGAUGAUACAUCGAAAUUAUCUUUCAAAGAUAAAAUGACAUUAUUUAAUCAAAAGAAAGCUUCAGAAAGCACAUUAUCAAACACAUUAUCUGCUCCGUCGAAAAAUAAUCGUAGUCGUUUAACACAACCCAUAACAGCAGAAGAAGUGCAAGCAGCAGCUACUUGGUCAAAAACAACGGAUAAUACUCAUGAUGAGACUGAUUCAACAGAGACGGAUAAACAAACUACAUUGCCAGCAUCGGAGACAAAGCCAUCGCGAAUGCAAAAUACGCAUGUUCAACCUCCUGCUUUAUUAAUAAUACCCAAAACAACUACACCGCUAACGACAAAAAGUGAACCAUUAAAACCAAAAGUGCAAUUGACUAUUAAUAAUUUUUCUUCUCCAUCACCAUCUUCAUCUUUGUCAAUAACAAAAUCAAUUUUAAAAUCGUUUUUAUUAUCAAAUACAAAGCUUAUUCAACAACAAAAUGGUCAUGAUUGUCUCAGUGAUAUUAAUAAUAAAACACAAACAAAUCGUUCUGAAUUAAAAAAAAAAUCUCAGAGUUUUCGUGAACAAUCAAAACUACAUCAUCGAUCACGUAUACCCGUACAUACCGAUUCAUCAUUGUCAUCAAUAAAGAUAACAUUAUCACCACAUCUCAAAGAUGAUUCGUCCAUGAUUAGUCCAGAAGAAACUGAAAAUAUUAUACCGUUAAAGCAAAGGCUUGAACAAUUAAAAACAUUUACAGAAAAUGAGUGGAAAAAACGUGUACAAUCAAAUGAUGCUAAUGAAUUUAGUAUCGAAGGUAAACUUCGACAAGCGGGUAAAAUUACAACACCGACCACACCAGAUAAUGAAAUAUUAAUAAAACCCAAAAAGAGUACACUUAAAUAUAAUACAAAUAAUAAUGCACAACGAGCAAAAACAAUUGAUGUUGUUAGAUUAAAAGCUGAAUCAAAUAACAAAAAAAAUUUAUCAUCUCAAUCGCCAAAUCUCAAUUCAAUAAACACAGUUCCAAAAUCGAUUAAUAAUAAUAAUUUGAUCAAUGUUGUAAAAUCUGAUAUAGUAUCUGUUUUAAAGCCCGAUGAUCAAUUAGAUGAAUUUUUUAACGAUAUAAAAUCACAUAAUGAUGAACAAUCUAUACAACUUAAUAUUGAUGAUCUUGAACGAAUAGCAGCUGAUAGUGUUAGAUUACAACCACAACCUGUUCGUGUUAAACCACAACGUCGUCAACAAGGCGCAAAAAAUCCAUUACGACAAAUUCAAGCUGUUAUUCCAACUGUCGAUGAAUAUACAGAAAUUCGUACAAAUAUAUCAGAACAAGAGUUAAGACGUUUAAAAAUAGCUCAAAUCUCAGAAAAUUCUAGUCUAGCUCAAGAAGCAUUGGCAGCAUUAGCAGCCAAAGAAAAUUUUGCCGAAGUAAAUUUAAGAAAAAUUGAUCCAAAUGCUCUAGCAACAUUUGGUUUAGAAUCAUACAAAGAUCUUAUGCUUAUACUUAUCAAAGGUCGUCGACAUUGUCCAUUACGACUUGUGAAUCCAUCAGCUAAAUCAAUUAAUGAUGGUGAUAGUUAUAUAUUAAUUACCCCUUCAAAAGUGUUCGCAUGGAUAGGACGUUUUUCAAGUACAAUUGAAAAAGCAAAGACCAUGGAAUUGAUUGAAUAUUUAAAACAACAUCGAGAUAUGGGUAUACGCAAUGAAGUUAAAUUUUAUCUAAUUGAUCAGUCAAAUGAUGAGAACAGUAAUGAAGCAUACACACAGUUAUAUGCAAUUUUGAAAGGAAAUGAUUUUAAUGAACUUAGUAAUGCUACCGACGAUGAUUAUUAUGAAACGAAUAUUGUCGAAUCAAAUCGUGUUUAUAAAGUCGAAAAUGAUACAUUAAUACCAUUAGAUGAUAUUUGUUUUAAGCCAUUAUCCGUUAAAUAUCUGAAUCCAAGUGAAGUUUUUGUACUUGAUUUUGGUCCAGAAUUGUAUAUAUGGAACGGAAAAUAUACGGAUAAAGCGAAGCGACAACUAGGCGUACAACUUGCUCAACAAUUAUGGAAUGACUCCUAUGACUUUUCUGAGUGUUCUAUUAAUCCAUUUGAUCCUUUAUUUGAAGACGAAAAUUUUCAUUCGUCUGGUAAUAAACGUCCUGAAUGGUCCAUAUUUGGUAAACAAAAUCAGAAUGUCGAAACAUUAUUAUUCAAAGGAAAAUUUUAUGAUUGGCCAGGCGAUUUAACUGAUCUGAAACCUAUUAAUGAUGCUGCUCAUAAUGCUAAUCGCAUUCCGUCGGCAAGACGGCCUCAAUCCAUUGUUGAAACAUUGAAACCGGCUGAUGUACAUAAAAUGUUACAACAGGAUGAUAUUCCUGUUAAUUUUGUUUUAGAACAAGCGAAUCUUGGAAGAGGAAAAAAAUGGUACGAUCCAGUUGAGUUACGUGGCCAUGAUGUGACAACAUUAUCAAUUAAUGUAUGGCAUGUUGCUGAUAAUGAUAGAAACGAAUUAGAUACAUUUAGUUAUGGCCAAUUCCACUCAGAAGAUGUUUACAUUAUAAGAUGGAAAUAUAAAUUGGUGGCAUCGGGAUUCCAUUCUUUAGCUACUGGAAAAGCAUCCGUGAGAAAAACAGAUACGGGUCGAGAUCGUACUUCCUACUUUAUCUGGCAAGGAGCAAAAUCAUCGCCAAAUGAAAAAGGAUUAUCAGCGUUAAUGACAGUAUUUUUAGAUGAAGAAAAAGGCCCCCAUGUACAUAUUGUACAAGAAAAAGAAGAGCCAGUGUUUCUCCAACUAUUCGAUGGUACAAUGACAAUACAUGAAGGCAAAAGAAAUCAUAGAAGAAAUAAUAAUCAAGAAUGGCGCAUGUAUGUGUUACGUGGUGAAAUUGAAGUGGAAACACACUGGUGGCAAUUAGCUCUCGAUAGUUCAAAUUUAAGAAGUCGUACAUCGUUUAUGUUAACAUCUAGUACAACAAUGUUAUUAUGGCAUGGUUGUCGAGUAUCAAAUGAAUUAAAAUCUCUAGCUGUAAAAUCGGCAGUAAAAAUACGUGAAAAGCGUCCAAGUGAAUUUGAUUUUAUGCCAAACACAGAUAUUGAAUUUUCUGAAAUGCAAGAAGGGGAUGAAAUAAAUUUAUUUUGGGAAGCUAUUCAAGAACGGCCAAAUCGACGAAAAUACCAUUCAUUGUUAAAUUUUUUGUAUCCGCUACGAUCUGAACACGUUUCACCAUUUCCUUUUAUUCAAACAGAUCUAUAUGAUCAACAUCAGCCUGCAUUGUGUUUAAUUGAUACAGAAGAUGAACUUUAUAUAUGGCAAGGAUUUCGCGAUAUGCCAACAGACGAAUUAGAAAUACAAUUAUUUAAUGCUGGCUUACAAGCUGGUGGAACUGCCGAUAUGCGUUUUACGGCAGAGAGACGAUGUACUUGUAAAACAGCAAUCAACUAUUGGGAAGCAAAAACCGGUGAAAUACCAGAUACUCAUGGUUAUGUUGUUUAUGCUGGCCUAGAGCCCAUCGAAUUUACGAAUUUAUUUCCUAAAUGGACAAUUAAUUUACAAGCAAAACAACAGAAUUUACUGGAUGGUAAACAUGAAAAUCAAAAGGAUUUAAUUGUUGACAUUGUCUCCGCUUUAUGUCGUGAACAGUAUACGAUUAAUGAACUUAAAACUCGGCCAUUGCCUGAAGGUGUUGAUGCCUCGAAAAUUGAGUGGUAUUUAUCAGAUUACGAUUUUGAGAAAGAAUUUGGAAUGACAAAAUCUGACUUUUACUCGUUGCCAUAUUGGAAACAAACGAAUAUCAAAAAACCUCUUGGUUUUUUUUGA